AUGGAGAAGAAAACUGAAGAGAAUUCUAUGGGGUCUUCGGUGGAGAACUCAACCGACUGGUCAGAUCUUCUAGCAAAGAUAAAUGCUGGCAAUCCUUCUUCCUCUUCAUCUCUAACGGACACCUUCAAAUCCACAUUCAAAGUCACCCUGAAGACGUUUGACUACAUAUGCUCGCUCGUGGGGGACCACAUGAUGACCAAGUCCCAGUUUUCCUUCUCAAACGGCAAACCCAUCCCACUCACCCACCAGGUCGCCCUCUCCCUCCUCCGCCUCGGCUCCGGAAACUCCCUCAUAUCCAUCGGGGAGUCGUUCGGGGCCCACCACUCCACUGUCUCCCAGGUUACGUGGCGCUUCGUGGAGGCCCUCGAGGAGCGUGGGCUCCGCCAUCUCUGCUGGCCAUCCUCCGCGCAAGAGAUGGCGGACAUACAAAGGAAGUUUGAGAGAAUCCGGGGGCUCCCCAACUGCUGUGGUGUGAUAGACACCACGCACAUAACCAUGUUGCUCACAUCGUCCGACCCGGAGGCUGACUCGUGGCUCGACCGGGACGGGAACCACAGCAUGGUCCUGCAGGCAAUCGUGGACCCUGAUCUGAGGUUCCGGAACGUGGUCACUGGGUGGCCCGGGAAAAUGAGCGACUCUCUUGUUCUGCGGAGCUCGAAUUUUUUCAAACUGUGCCAAAGCGGGGAGAGGCUGAACGGGGAGAGGAUGAGUUUGUGUGAGGAAAAUGAGGUGGGAGAGUAUAUAAUUGGCGACUCGGGUUUCCCUUUGCUGCCUUGGCUUGUGACUCCUUAUCAGGGGAAGGGGCUGAAGGAGAGGGAGUUGGAUUUCAAUGAGAGGCUUUUGGCUACUCAUGUUGUGGCGAAAAGGGCGUUGACGAGGCUGAAGGAGGUGUGGAGGAUGAUUCAUGGGGGUAUGUGGAGGCCUGACAAGCAUAAGUUGCCGAGGUUUGUACUCGUCUGUUGUAUACUGCACAACAUCGUUAUAGACAUGGAGGAUGGGGGUUCCGACGAGAUGCCUUUGUUGGCCGUUCACCAUGAUACUGGAUAUGGACAGGAGGUGUGUGAGUCGGUUGAGCAAGAGGGAUUGAUUCUGAGGGACAAAUUGUCCAUGUUUUUUUCUGCUACUUGA